GAGGAGAAGUAGAGGAAAAGCCACUGAAUGUAGCGUCCUGUCAGUGGCGCUUUUCGCUUGAAAGGAGAAGCGCUGGGAGAAAUAAUUAAUGUUCUUAUUACAUUUGUAGAGACUUUUUGUUUUGGUGCGCGUGUGUGCGCGCGCGCAUCCGAUCGUCUUUGCUGUACUUUCAGGCUCUUUGAAGGCUGCAUCUGGAGGAACUCUCUUUUAAACCCAAUGUCCAGAAAAUAAUAAAAAUACUGCGCUAAAGUCAUCAGAAUGGAUGGAUUUUAUGACCAGCAAGUGCCUUACAUGGUCACCAAUAAUCUCUGUGGGAGAAAUUGUAAUGAGCGACCAGCAAAUGUCAGGAAAAGAAAAUUCAUUAACAGAGAUCUGGCUCAUGACUCAGAAGAACUGUUUCAAGAUCUAAGCCAAUUACAGGAAACAUGGCUUGCAGAAGCUCAGGUACCUGACAAUGAUGAGCAGUUUGUACCAGACUACCAGGCGGAGAGUUUGGCUUUUCAUGGUCUUUCAGUGAAAAUCAAGAAAGAACCCCACAGUCCAUGUUCUGAACUCAGCUCAGCUUGUAGUCAAGAACAACCAUUCAAAUUCAGUUAUGGAGAAAAGUGCCUGUACAAUGUCAGUGCCUAUGAUCAGAAGCCACAAGUGGGAAUGAGGACUUCUAACCCACCAACUCCAUCAAGCACUCCAGUUUCACCACUGCAUCAUGCAUCUUCAAACUCGAUUCAGAGUUCUAAACCUGACCGGAUUUUUGCGACUCACUUGCCUCCAUCCCAUCCCAUCCCAGACAAUAACUUUCCUAUGGAUCACAGAUUUCGCCGUCAGCUCUCAGAACCUUGUAAUUCCUUUCCUCCUUUGCCUGCCAUGCCACGGGAAGGACGUCCAAUGUACCAACGCCAGAUGUCUGAGCCAAACAUCCCUUUCCCACCUCAAGGGUUUAAACAGGAGUACCAUGAUCCAGUGUAUGAACACAAUACCAUGGUUGGCAAUUCAAUCAAUCAAAGUUUUCCUCCUCCUCUGAUGAUUAAACAAGAACCUAGAGAUUUUGCAUAUGACUCAGAAGUGCCUAGUUGCCAUUCCAUUUACAUGAGGCAAGAAGGCUUCCUCACUCACCCAAACAGAACAGAAGGUUGUAUGUAUGAAAAAGGUCCAAGGCAAUUUUAUGAUGACACUUGUGUUGUUCCAGAGAAAUUUGAUGGUGACAUUAAGCAGGAGCCAGGAAUGUAUCGUGAGGGCCCCACAUACCAGCGGCGUGGUUCCCUUCAGUUGUGGCAAUUUUUGGUAGCUCUUCUUGAUGAUCCGUCAAACUCUCAUUUCAUUGCUUGGACUGGCCGAGGUAUGGAGUUCAAGCUGAUUGAACCAGAAGAGGUGGCACGGCGCUGGGGGAUUCAAAAAAACAGACCAGCUAUGAACUAUGAUAAACUUAGCCGUUCACUUCGCUAUUAUUAUGAAAAGGGAAUCAUGCAAAAGUUCCCCAUGAUGACUGCAUCAUACUGUGUUGCUGGUGACUGAGGUGCUGCUUCACCUUCUGCAAUGUUGCUUGAUCUUUGAUUUCCUGUGAAGCACAAUGAAUCUUACAUUAGACUGUUCAAAGUCAGGUGGUGCACCAUCUGUUCCCAGGCUUGGAAAACACUGAGUAACAUAGAUCAACAGAAAGCAAAGCAACAGCUUCACUGGAUUCAUCAGAAUAUUCAUAUUCACACAGUGACAAGGAGGCAGAUGACUUCAUUUUCCAGCCUUGAAAGAGAGUGGGAGGGCUGCCUUUUCUUUUACAGCUUUUCUCUUAAACCUGUCCUGAUGUUGUUACUAUGUGUUUUGAUAUACUCUCUCUCUCUCUCCCUCUCCCUCCCCCCCUCUCUCAAUUAAAAUGCAUUGGAUAUUUGAUGAAUACGAAUAGUGUAAUGAAAUGUGUUAAUGAAUCUGAUAAUAUUUGGGUUACAGGAUGCUAUAGGGAUCAUUCGACUUAUGGUGCAAAGAAUGUUUCAUACAAUGGCCCUUAAGGAGUUGUAUGUGUGAGCUGCCACACAGAAGUUGCUGACAAGGAAAACCAUAGAAGAUAAAAUAAACUGAACUAUAGGCAAGAGCCUGUUUAAAACUAGUUAUUCCUUUUCUUCUUGGUUUAAGCUUUUCCUUUUGCAGAGUUGCCCAGGGGGCCAGCCCUACCAUUAUAUAGAGUUGUUGCUUCAGCAACUGAUUUUGAAUAUGAUAAAAACAAGGAAAUA